AUGCUGAAAAACAGUGAGAGGAGGCGGUCUUGGAGCUACCGGCCCUGGAAUACCGCGGAGGGUACCGAUGAACCCACUUCAGGGAACAGCCAACACCGCGGGAGCAUCUGCUCUCUGGCGGCGCGUUCUGGCUCCCAGGCCAGCAUCCCACCGUGGACCGAGGGCAACUAUAACUACUACAUCGAGGAGGACGAGGAUGGGGAGGAGGAGGAGCAGUGGAAAGACGACUUGGCCAACGUGGCCGAGGAAGACCAGCAGCCAGAGGAGGCCGCCCAGACGGAAGCCCGCACCGAGGGCUCCACGCUGAACGUGAACGUGGGCGGCCAGAGCUACCACCUGGACUGCGCGCAGCUGGCCUGCUACCCCAAGACGCGCCUGGGCCGCCUGGCCGCCUGCACCAGCCGCGGCCGCCAGCUGGGCCUGUGCGACGACUACGAGGCGCAGACGGACGAGUACUUCUUCGAUCGCGACCCGGCCGUCUUCCAGCUGGUCUACAACUUCUACCUGUGCGGGGCGCUGCAGGUGUGCGACGCGCUCUGCCCGCGCCGCUUCCUGGAGGAGCUGGGCUACUGGGGCGUGCGGCUCAAGUACACGCCGCGCUGCUGCCGCAUCUGCUUCGAGGAGCGGCGAGACGAGCUGAGCGAGCAGCUCAAGAUCCAGCGCGAGCUGCGCGCCCAGGCGCGGGCCGAGGAGGCCGAGCAGCUCUUCCGCGACGUGCGCUUCUGCGGGCCGCAGCGCCAGCGCCUCUGGAACCUCAUGGAGAAGCCCUUCUCGUCCGUGGCCGCCAAGGCCAUCGGGGUGGCCUCCAGCCUCUUCGUGCUCGUCUCCAUCGUGGCGCUGGCCCUCAACACGGUGGAGGAGAUGCACCAGCGGGCGGAGGGCGGCCGCUGGGCGGUGCUGGAGCACGUGGAGGUGCUGUGCAUCGCCUUCUUCACGCUCGAGUUCCUGCUGCGCCUGGCCUCCACGCCCGACCUGCGCCGCUUCGCGCGCAGCGCCCUCAACCUGGUGGACCUGGUGGCCAUCCUGCCGCUCUACCUGCAGCUGCUGCUCGAGUGCUUCACGGACGAGGACCAGCGGCGCGGCCAGGGCUCCUCCCGGGAGCACGACCUGGAGACGGUGGGCAAGGUGGGCCAGGUGCUGCGCGUCAUGCGCCUCAUGCGCAUCUUCCGCAUCCUCAAGCUGGCGCGGCACUCCACCGGCCUGCGCGCCUUUGGCUUCACCCUGCGCCAGUGCUACCAGCAGGUGGGCUGCCUGCUGCUCUUCAUCGCCAUGGGCAUCUUCUCCUUCUCCGCUGCCGUCUACUCCGUGGAGCACGACGUGCCCGGCACCAACUUCACCAGCAUCCCGCACUCCUGGUGGUGGGCCGCGGUGAGCAUCUCCACUGUGGGCUACGGAGACAUGUACCCAGAGACCCACCUGGGCAGGCUUUUUGCCUUCCUCUGCAUUGCUUUUGGGAUUAUCCUCAACGGGAUGCCAAUCUCCAUUCUCUACAACAAGUUCUCCGAUUACUACAGCAAGCUCAAGGCUUAUGAGUACACUGCCAUACGAAGGGAAAGGGGAAAGGUGGACUUCGUGCAGCGAGCCAGAAAAAAGAUGGCUGAGUGCUUGGCUGAAAGCAACCCACAGCCCACCCCAAGGCAAGAGAAUUAA